AUGGCCGGGCGAGAGCUCGUUGGGGGCGGCGGACAGGGAGGCUGGUCGGAGGAGAACAGGCGGGUGCUGCUGGAGGGCCCGGAGAGGCUGGGUUGCGGUUGUGGCUGCUGCAGCUGUAGUAAUGCAAGAUCAAGCUCUCGCUGCACUCGUUCUCAAGCGGCUCCUCUAUGGACAGUUGAAGAAACACUGGUCCUGUUGAACGAGAUUGCUGCUCUCGACGACGAAUGGUUCACUGCCCUCUCUUCCUACCAGAGAUGGAAGAUGAUCUCUGACAACUGUGUUUCCAUGAAAGUCAACAGGUCUUCCAGCCAGUGCAAGAAAAGAUGGGAAUCCCUCCUCUCUGAUUACAAGAAGAUCACGAUCUGGGAGGCCUCAAUCUCUGCCUCUGCCUAUGGACCCUAUUGGUCUCUCAAACCCGGCAGGAGAAGGCAGCUUCGCCUUCCUUACUCCUUUGACCAGCAAGUGUUUUGCUCUGUGGAUGCUGUCAUCAAGGCACAAGAGGCUAGAAUUGCUUCUUCAGCAACCGACACUGACUCAGAAGACCUUAUAGGUUUGCACGAGGAGGAUAAGAGCAGUGGUGGCUCCCAAGGCAUGGUUGAGGCUGAGGCUAGUGAUCCAGAUUAUAUUAUCAGUAUGCCUGAGGCUAAGUGUCAAGCAAAAGAGGUUAUCAGUAGGCUAGAGGCUGAGAUGGCUGAAGCCGAUGCCGAUUUAGGUCCAGAGAAAACAGGGACUGAUACUACUAAAAAUACAAAUAAGGAACAUGAGAUAACUAAUAAGCUGAAAGAAAAUGCAAAGGAGAUACACGCCAUAUUGAGAGGUGAGCUACCAGAUAAUGUCAACCGAGGUUGUGGACUGGUGGAAUUGACGAAACGAAAUGCUGCUGAGACUGAGUUCACAAGACGACAAGCUGACGAGCUUAUCAAAGCAUUUGGGGUGCUUGCUAGAACUCUCAAUCAGUUCAAGGAGCUAAUCAAGGAUGGUGAAUGCAAAGAAAUCAGUCUCAUGAGCCCAAUGGCCUUGUGAGAGCAGUUCUUCUAUAAAUAGCCUAUUUGUUAAUUGGACUAAGUACAGUCUGCAAGGAGAAUUUCUUGGUUAGAAUAUGAGCUCAAAAGCGCCUAAUUCUCAGCAUUUUCAUGUGGGAGCUUGAAUUUAGAGGUUGCCUUAAAAGUUCAUUUUGGUGGCAUAGUUUUACUAAAUGGCAAGUUCUCCAAAGUAAGACAGCUAAUCAUUUUAAUGUUGUUGCAGUUCUAACUUCUGGAAAUGAGAGGUUCAAUUUAAAAGAAUCUGGUCUUGUUUGUCUUGCAUUUCAAUAGAAGUCUCUCGAUGCUACUUU